GCAGCCGUAAUGGUGUUCCGGGUUCAUGAAGGAGAGAGCCGAAGAAGUUACAGAAACCAUGGUGGAUCCUUGUUCUAAAUAUGGUUCGACUGUCGACGGAGGCAAUGCUUCAAGGCCAGGCUUCCCGGCCUACUUGCCUUCUCAAGGACCCUUGUUAGCAUCUCAUUUUGGUCCAAGCUCUGCUGAUAUGCAGGGUGCUUCUUCUGGUGUUCUAAAUGAAGAUAUUAGAACUUUGCCUACAGUUAACUCCGUAACUAUAAUAUUGGUUAUUUUGGUAACUAACUUUCACUUUGUAAGAGGGUAUUCUCCUUUUGAACAUAAAUGGCAGCCUGGGGGAUAUGGUUUGGGUAGUAUUCCAAGUUCUGGAGGCCAUCCUGAACCUAGUCUUGCUGGUGUAUCAGCUGCAGCUAGUAUAAGAAGUUAUUCUCCUCUAGAAGAUACAAAUUUAGUAGGGCGUAGAAAAGAUGCUUCAGCAGGCAUCAAUCCAGUUCUUCCUGACAUAACUAAUGAAAGGUCUAGCUCUGUGAAAAAUGUUGAUGGUCCCUUGGCUGCUGGUGGACAAUCAAAUACUCUCUUUGUUGAUGGGCUUCCAACAGACUGGACCAGAAGAGAAGUUGGUAAGUGGAGAUAGAGCUAUGGUUUUCUGCUUUGUGGAAUUCAUUGACUGCCAUGGAUGCUCUUCAAGGUAAAGUAUUCACAAAUUUAUGUUAAUUUUUGCACUAUUGUACUUAUGUUUAUGUUAAAUUUGCAGUUGAAAUUAUUACUUUUAUCAUCUGACCAGAAUAUGGUAAUUGCUUUUAUUAGUUUGAAAAUUUUGUUAAGGAUAAUUUUAGCGUGAAAAUAGGAAAGCAAUGUGAUAAAGUCCAGCAUACACGCUGUCAAGCUGAUCUAUCAGAAGAGCAGCUUUCAUUGGUUGGUGAUACUGGCCUUUUUGUGGGAUAUAAAUUUGAUGAUAAGAAACCUGAGUCCACUGUCUUGAGGAUCCAAGUUGCACAUUUCCCUCUCCGUCUAGGGUCUCAUCUUGAGGACCAACAGGUUUGUGUUCCCACACUGACCAAAGAUACAUGGUUAGGAUGAUCAUUAACCUGAUUCGCCCUGGAUACAUUGUACCACGCAUCCAUACCCAUCUUGAGUAAUGUAAAUCUGUUCCCAACUGCCUGUGGAAAUCAUUGUGGACAAGAGCAGGGCAGAAAGAAAUUCUAGCCCGUCUCCAAACAUGGCUGCAUGGAAAUGAAUAUCAGUAUGGUUCUUUCAUCCUCAAUAACAAAUUCAUUUGUAA